AUGAAGAAAGGAGAAGUGUGGAAAAGUUCAAGGAGCGCUGGACCAGUGCGUCCACAAAAACAAACUUUCACGGAAACACUACAACCAGGAACUCUCACAGCUGAGGAGGGAGUCGUGGUGGAGAUCAUGUCCGCAGCAGAAGGACUCAAAGCGGCCGUGAGGCAGAGGCUGGAGGGGGUUCUUGUGGAGGUACUGGGGCUGAUCCAGACCACGAUGGAGCAAUACGAAUCUGAAUUGAAGCAGAGCAGAGAAGAGGUGGAAAGGCUGAGGGGGCCAAGAACGCUGCGGCUGCGGACGGAGAUGACUGAGCUGACCAGCGAAUCAGAAAACGAGCGAAACGAGAUCUAUAUUGUGGCAAGUAUCAAACAGGAACAACCUGAGCGGCCCACAGCCACAAAGUCUUUUCCCCACAACCAAAACCAUGAGAAUCCAACCUCCAACCACAACUUGAAGUCUGAAGACAGCGAGGAGGAGUGUCCCAUCUGCAGGAGCCUGGAUCAAGAACGAAAUGACUCAGCUCUGAUCAACGCUGAAGAUAGUCCAGCUUCAAUCCAACCACAAGAGACUGAAAAAACAGCAGUGAAAAGCGAGGAGGAAGAACGAGGCUUAUCUGACACGAACAAACCGCACCAAGAUCUGAACGAGCAAGAGAAACGAGAAGAGGGGAGACAUUUGCCAACAACAAGUCAAGACAAGACUAAUGGCAGAAUCUCCUCAACAAACAGUGAAACAACUGGUGGCUCAAGUCUUGAAAACGAUCUUGCGAUGAACAAAGCAAAUAUCAACGCAACAACACAAAAAGAUCCCAAAAUCAGUGACGGACAGAAAGACGCAGAAAAGUCAAGUGGUGCUUACCUUAAAACGCACUGCCAAAAGUACUGCCACAGACCCGCCCACCCAGAAGACCACAGCGACAAACAGGAACCAGAGGCUGCGCACUAA